AUGUCAUCAAACAAAUUAAGGGAAAUUUCAACAGGAUUCUUAGCAAAUGCGAAACGUUUAAAACGUUUAUCUUUAGAUCGAAAUUCUCUUGUUUCACUAUCUUUUUUAAGCUAUUUAGGUUCUCUCACAAAUUUGUCGAUAGCUUACAAUAUGCUUAUUAAUAUUACGCCAAAUUAUUUUGCUAAUCUAAAAAAUUUGCUGACAUUAAAUUUGCUGACAUUAAAUUUGCGGGGUAAUCGUAUCGAAAAAAUCGACRAAGAUGCUUUCUUAAACUUGAGGAUGUUACAAAAACUUGAUCUUGCAGAAAAUAAUCUGACUGCGCUUCCUACUACAUGGAUGAAUACCUUGACMGAGUUGCGGUAUCUUAAUUUGAAAUCGAAUCCGUUUUCUAGCAUCGAUAGCAUGUCUAUAAAUGCUUUUUCUAGUCUAAAUCACUUAGUUUUGGGAAACAACACCUUCAUACAAAUAGAUAUGAGUAGUUUAAUAAAAUUACCCUCAAGUGUUAUUGUUCAUUUGGCAUCGAUAAAUAAUGCUACAUGUGUAAMCAAAGUUUGUAUCGCGCGUGGCCUGACGGAGAUUUCCUUCAGAAUUCGUUUGGUACUCAACGUGUUAAAGAAACAGGAUUUAGUGGAAGAUGAAAAUCCAUCCAUGGAAAUGAUUCCAAAGAUAACAUCAAUGGAUAGGACAACCUAA